AUGAAAGUAUUGGUAUUCCUCACCAUACUCAGCCUCGCUUUAAGUGGGUCCACCUUCCGUUCAGUCCAAUUUUCUCCAGUAUCCGGCGCGACUAAUGUAAUUAGAGGUCUCCUCAAAGGAAUUGGCUCAGAAAUCACAACUGACGACAUCAAGCCAUGCCUAGCAGACAUAGACGAUAUGAUCCCAGACCUUCAAGAAGCAAUUAGCUAUUAUAAUCAGCACACUUCUGAAAGCUACAGAAGCUGCCUAUUACUUCUUGGCCUUGCCCUCAAAGAUGUUCCAUCUGCAAUAGACACAUGCAAAGGCGGUGCAACCCAAGCUGCAAGCAUUAUUUCUGAUGCUUUAAAGACCUUUACAGACCCGUCAAGCUUCCCAGGCGACCUUACCAAAGCUUUGGUACUGGAUGGAAAAGAUAUUAAAGUCAAUUUCGCCCAAGCCGCAAUUAAAUGGAGCAAAAGUGACUAUGAAGGAUUCGGGUUCAGCAUUGGCCAAGCCAUGUAUAACGUAUUUCAGACCCUUGAAGAAUACAAUCUCAUGUCCUUACACAUCAGUGCCUCAAGCCCUGUUGACAUCGUAAAAGGAUUUUUUGAAGCUUUUAAAGAAGAAAUUGUCACUGCAGAUGUCAAGCCUUGUUUAAAAGAAGUCGAUGAUAUGAUCCCUGACCUAAAAGAAGCAAUUGAAAGCUGCAAACAAGAUACUGCUGAAGGUGUAAGAAAUUGCUUAAUUUACCUGACUCUGGCAGCUAAAGCUUUCCCAACUGCUUUGAGCACAUGUCAGACUGGAGCUUCCCAAGCUUUAAAUAUUGUGACUGAUCUUGCGAAAACCAUGCUCAAGCCGUCAACUUUUUCAAGCGACUUCGUAAAAGCUUAUGUCUUGGAUUCAAAAGACAUUAAAAGCUCACUUGCCCAAGCAGCUUCAAUGUGGAGUAAGAAUGAUAUGGAAGGGUUUGGAUACAGCCUUGGACAGACUUUAUAUGAGAUGUAUAAUGUACUGGAAGAGUUCAAUGUGCUAUUAGGAUCAAGCCAGGAUGCUUCUCUUGAGUUAUUAGAUGGGUUCUUGUUUGGAAUUGCCUCAGAUAUGUAUAAUGACGAAAUCAAAAGCUGUUUCGCAGAUAUUGAGACAGUCGAAAAAGACAUUAAGGCAUUUUUCACUGAAAUUAAGACAGAAACCUUACUAUAUUUUUUAUAAAAAUAUUUUUAAAAAAAAAUUAUUAUUUUAUGAAAUUUUAAAAUAAAAAAUAAUUAGAAAAAUAGGUUAGAAGGUAUGGUCGAAGGCUUCAAAACUCUUGGAAACACCCUUGAUCAUAUUAACAGUGCUAUUGCUGAAUGCAAGUCAAAAGCAACUGAUGUCAUUGCUAUAGUUUCUAAAGCGUCUAAGCAAUUUAUUUCUCCAUACACCUUUGCUUAUCAUGUUGGCAGAGCAAUCCUUGUCAAUGAAAAGCAAAUUUACAAUGAAAUUACCACUGCUAUGAGAGCUUGGAAUAACGCAGAAUAUUUCAACUGUGGCUACAACAUUGGAAAAGCAGUCGUAAUUGUUGCUCAAGAUAAAGCAAUUGAGCCUGCUUAUAAUGGUGCAUCAAGAAGAAUAAAGCAUUAA